GGGGCAGUGCAGGAGCAGUAUAAAAGCGGGCCCUGCUCCUCACUCUCCCAUCCACCCCACUCAACUCCAUCUCCUUGAGAAGAAGGUGCACCUCCAGCCCAGGACAUGUCCUGCAACACUCGCUGUCUGCCAUGCCGGCCCUGUGGCCCGACCCCGCUGGCCAACAGCUGCAAUGAGCCCUGUGUCAGGCAGUGCCAGGACUCCUCCGUCGUCAUCCAGCCCUCCCCUGUGGUGGUGACCCUGCCCGGACCCAUCCUCAGCUCCUUCCCGCAGAACACCGCCGUGGGCUCCUCCACCUCCGCUGCCGUUGGCAGCAUCCUCAGCUCUCAGGGAGUGCCCAUCAACUCUGGGGGCUUUGGCCUUGGGGGCUUUGGCCUUGGAGGCUAUGGCCUUGGGGGCUUUGGCAGUGGCUACUGUGGCAGCAGGUGCCUGCCCUGCUAAAGUCUGGAGAUGGCCUUGAUCAGGGCUCAUCAUGACCCAGAAGGUGCUGAGCAACCGCAACCCCCCCUUGCCAAAGGGCGAGGCCAGCCUGGGCUCUGCCAAAGCACGGCCCGUGCCUGCCUUUGCCCUCUUCCAUCCACUCUCUCCUUUCCCUCCCGUGCCCUUCUUCUCUGGGGCUCCCCUGGGCUCUCAGCAACACAAAGCCAGACCAGGGAGGACCUGCUGGCCCUGCUCCCGCUGUGGAGCACAUGGAAGGACACCUGCCAGGAUCUCUGCCACCGCUGUGUUGCACAGAUUCCAUUUGCCCUUUGUCCACCCCCAUCUUGUGACCUCCACUCAGACUGAACUUGUUUCCUUCUUUUGACUCAUUAAAAUUCUGCUG